UGUGGCAGUCUGUGUGUUUUGUGUUUGUGCACGAAUUUAGAGCGUGUUUAUUUGUGAUUUUGUUAUUAAUUUUAUGAUAAGUUUAACGUUAUUUGCAUGUAAUUAAGGUCGUGUAGUGUUAAUUUUUCUUUUAAAAUGACGUUACCACCGUUUCCUUCACAAGAUUUGGCUAAGCUAGUUCUUGGAUAUCUUGCGGAGGAGCAGCUUAUGACUGCUUACGAUGAGUUUCUACAAGCAAGUCCUUACCUGGAUGCUCUCAGAAACGAAUAUGACAGGAUAUUUAUGACAUCACUCAAGAAUAUUCUGGCAGAGUAUAGGGCUGUUAAAAUAUAUGUGGAAACCUGCAAGCCACUAGCAUUAAGGAAAAAGGUGGUGCAAUGUACUAAUUUGUUAGACGUUGUUAAGCUCUUAGUGAACAAUAUAGAUAUAAGCAAAAUACAAGCACAGGACUCCUCCAUUGAGAAGUACAGUUUGGUGAAGCAGAAUGCAUCAGGUAAUUCCAAGCAGAAUGACUGUGAAGUCUGUAACACAUCGAGUUUGUCUGGGUGUUCCUGUAAAAAUAAACACAAAUCUACUGUCAAUUCAGCCAGUUAUGUGGAAGGAAGUACUUUGGAGAGCUCAGUGGAGACCACAGCUUUGGAAGAUCUACCAGGAAAUCAUGUUACAACAAGAAAGAAACAAGUCAAAGUUCUUGAGAAAGAAACUAGUGAGGCCACCUUAGGAGUAAGUGAAAUUACAAAGCAAUCUUCUAGUAUGUUGAACAACAGCAACAACGGACUGAAUAUGUUAAACUCUAAUAGUCAUUGCUCCCAGAUAAAACCAAGUGGUCAGUCUACACAUUCUUUGAACUCAAUGAUGUAUUUAUACUUGCAGACAAAACCUUCUGAAAAUCCUGAAUGCAGAGAGAAGAUUGAAGAAUUCAAUAAAAUUCUGAAUAAAGUUUGUAAGAAUAAGUCUCAAGCAGAUACUAGGGUUUUUAGUAUGUCCCAGCCAGAACUUCUGAACAAAAGCAUACCAAUCUCAUUCCAAGACUUUGCUUCUGGAGUUUGUGUUCACGAAAAUCGGAAUAAUCCUGUACCUGAUUCAAGCACUUCGGAAACCUCAAUAGCUAUGCCUUCAGUAGCUAGCAAUCAGAAUACAGAUCUAAGUAACAAUUUGAAUGAUGUAUCAAAAAGUGGUGAUAAUUUAGGGUUUGAAAAUUACAACCAAUAUCGAUAUCCCGUUAUUAAACCUAAAGGCGUGGAUAACAAAAUUAAAAUAAUUUCCGACGUAAAAGUGGACCAACCAUUUCCAGCAAUAAAUAAUGCUACUUCAACACCGUUGAUGCAAACAAUUGUUAUAAAUGGUACACCAGCUUAUAAACAUAACCAUCCACCAAUAAGCAAUAACUACACAAAGGAUGAAAUAAUGGCAAUGCCUACUAUCAUAGUUGUGCCAGCAUCAGGUCCCCCACCGCACUUGACUCAAACUAAACCUGUUCUGACACAAAAGUUACAAAAAACAAAAACGAAACCCUCGACGGCAAAAGUGCUUAGACCUCUAGUAAUAGAUAUUUCAUCUAGCAGUACUGGAGGUCCACCUAAACCUAGCAAUGAGUCUUCCAAUUCAAAUAUACAACAAAAUACGCAGGCACCUGGUUUAGUAAAAGCGGUUGAACCUGGUUUAGUAAAAACGGUUGAACCUGGAUUAGUAAAAGCGGUUGAACCUGGUUUAGUAAGAACGGUUGAUGUAAUGAAAAAUGCUUCGGUUCCAAAAGAUAAUGUCAUAUCAGGUUCACUUCAAACGACAACUCCUCAAGGCAUGGCGCCUGUCAGGAAGUCUUCAUCUACACCGCGACGAAAUUCUCAUAUCAGAGUAUUAGACUUCACUACUCCAAGGCGAAUAUUACAUGAGACUAUAAAUGAAGUAGUCCCAAACGAACCAAACGAAGUAACUGAGAAUAACCCUGUUGAAGUUGUGGUCACCAGAAGCUCUCAUUUAGUAUUUCCCGAAACAGGAACUAGUGUUAAUGACAUUAUUGAUAUGAGUACUGUGAAGGUUCAUAAAAUUGAAACUUCACAGUACAAUAAACUAACAAACAGUAAUGAUGGUAAUCCAAUUCCAAAGAAGAAAAGUAAUUGGGAUGCUGAUUUGCGCGCUCUAAUUGCGAUGCCUCAACAAGAUAAGCCACCACCGAAAUCCAAAGCUAAACCUAAAAAACCUAAAACUAUUAAACCUGUAAUUCAACCUGAACAAGAUAAAGCCCCAGAUAAAAUUGAAGAUAAAAAACCACGCAGUAAAAGGAAAUUGUCACCCAAACCUAAGAAAUCAAAGAAAAAACAGAAACUAGAAGAAGAGGAAGAGCAAUCGACAGUUAGUACUGAAAGUGGCAAUUCUGUUAAACCGACCUUCAAUGUUGUACAUGUUAACCGAAACACAGAACCCGAAACUACUAAACCAGCUAACGCUGAAAGCAGCAAAAAUCAGAACAAGUCUAACAAUGAAGAAAUUAACGAUACUCCUGAAGCUGAGAGAUUAUGCUUGCAUAAUGAAAUAGGUGCCAGAUUAAACAUAUCAGAAUUUCUCGAAACUCCUUAUAAACAAGUUCUCUAUGAUAUCCAAAUGGAAACACCAAAAUUUUUAGGUUCUGUGUUGCCAGAUGAACCUAUUUCAGAUAUCAAGAUUAUGAGUAUUCCAACACCUCGAUUCUUUGAUACUCCCAAACCUGCCAUCGCCACGCCGUCUUCUUACUCAUCGCGGCCAACUGAUUAUUCUAGCGGAGGCUCUUAUUAUAAACCAGAUGAGCAAGAUUAUUUGCGAAUCGUGGAUGUAGAAUGCCCAGUAACAUCAUCGAAAGAGGAUCCACACGUCGAAGAGUCCAAGGAUGUAGUAAAUGAUAAUAAGAAGAGUUCGAGACCAGUUAGAAAGUGUACGAAAAAUGUGUCAUACGUCAAUAGUUGUGCUACUAAAACUAAAGUGAAUGAUGAUAAAACCGAUGUAGCCUCUUCUUGUAGUGAUUCUACAAGUGCCAAUACUUCUAUGGAAAGUACACAAAUUAAUGUUAAAACGCCUAAAUGUAGUAAAAUAAAAGUAAGUUCUAAAUCGGAAACUAAGAAAAAAAUUGAAUCGAGCAAAAAACUAAAAAUAUCUCCAAUGAAAAAAGACAAGUCAAAUUCAUUCAUGAAAAUAAAACCAAGACGGUUGACUCCAACGAAAGCAAAUACAAGUAAAAGAACAAGAAGGAAAACAGACGUGUUUUCACAGAAUAAUACAUCUAAACCCCAAACAAAAAAGAAACCGACUGCUAAAGAAAAGAAAGUGCAUAUUACUCCCGUCGUAAAUCCUGUUCCUACAAAAUCGCGUCGAAAAUCAUCAACGCCUAGAAAACUGCAUUGUACCAAAACGUUUAAUUCGGAAAGUUCUGGUCAUGAAUCGCCGGAUACUAAUGCGUCUGCUAAACAUAACAUAAUGCCAGAACCGAACACAGCUUCAGUUGUGUCCUCGCACGACUCCGAUAAUGAACAAAUAGCGUUAAGGUGGUCCGAUGACGGUUCCCAAGAUGCUAAACCAAAAGAAACGGAAAGUGAAGAUAUAACAAAAAUAAAACAGUAUAUUGAAACUUCUCUUAACAGUAAACCCGAACUCGGCACUUUGCAAGUAGAUUUAAUUAAAAGAGGCUUUGACGCUGAAACUGCAAAAAUUAUUGAAAGAGACUUGCUGGAUUCGCCUAGCAUAGAGGUAGCAUGUCAGACUCAGGUCGUGGUUACUGAACCGAAGAAAAACGAUCACGCAUCAAAUAAGAGUAUUGAUCCAGAUGCAAGCAGUACGAAUGAAUUACAGAUAGUGCAAGAUGCUGAGUCGGAUGACGAAUUCGAAUUAUCUGUGUAUGAAUGUCACGAAGACAGUCGUAAUUACAUUAAAUGUAGUAGUGACGCCAAAGAUAGAGGGAAGGAACAGGCUAUUAAGUUGAAAGAUAAGUUUACUAUGGAAGUGUGCAUAGACGACGGAGUAGCGAUUAGAUUAAGAGCAACAGAUUGUACUACGUUAUUUAGUAAUGAUCCAGAUAAUGAAGGAGAAUUGGGAUAUAGUUUCAUGGAAACAGAAGUAGCUGUAAGUUCAAUAUCAAAUAUAGAUAAGUUAUACACUCCCAUGAAAGAUCACAAAACGCAGUGCUACGAAAUAUUUGAUUCCACACUCACAAGCUUAGAUACUCCUCUAAAGGUCAAUAGCCCAAGCCAUAAAGAACGGACAAUUACUGAGAUAGAAAUAGUAUUAGAAGAGGAAAAAGUAGAUACUAAGGAUAAAGCUGACAUUAAGAAAAGAAAAAGAUUGCAAAAUAGUAAUAGCUCCGAAGACGGUUUCAAUGAAAGUAAAAAAACGAAACCAGAAGCUAGUUAUUUGUUUAAUUCUACAAAUAUUCAGAAUAUUGAUAUAGAAUCAGUACUGAAGAAACUCCAUGGCCCCUAGUGGACUAAUAUAUGUACCUGCCAGUGAGGGAACUUGUGGACAAAUGUUAAGUUUUCGUAUUAUUCGAACAGUGUUAUGAAGGUAUAUUUAUAUGUGUUAGACACAUACAGAAGUAAUUUCAUUCUGAUUGUACAAUUAAAUUUAUGUGAAUAUAAUUUUGUGCUAGACACAACUCUUGACAUUUAUAAGUAAAAAGUAUUAUUUAAGGAUAUAAA